UCAUGAACAAGCGAGGUAGCAGCGAGGGGAAGAGGAGGAGGCAGUGGCAGAGGAUCCGCCGUUUCCUGCUGUAGCUAUAAGUGGGCAAAGGGAAAACGAGCAGGAGGUUUGAAGCCGGAUCGGUGGGGAUUCUAUUUUUUUUGAGCUGUCAUCUUGUGGACAGAAAAGCCCUCCGGUUGCGCGAUCGAGGUGUGAAGGGGAUAAUGCUGGAUUUCGUGAUCCCGUUGAGUAGCAGCGCCAGGCUGGAGAAUCUCAUCCCUCACAUAGAGAGGCUGUUCAGAGUAAGAGUGAGCGUCGGGCCUGCGGCAGAGAGCAGCAGAUGGGUCCACAUAGAGCAGGCAGCAGAGGCACAGGAGGGGCCCAGGAAAGCAAAGGAUUAUGUAUUAUCCCUGUGCUCUCCAGACCACAAGAAGUGCGAGAUUAUUACAUCAGCUUUGCGGAAACAAUUAAUUGAGCUCAAGGAUACAAUUGAAUAUGAAAGUCAAGCCGUACUAGAAAUAAAAGAGAAGAGUAUUGAAAUAACAGGUGGACAAAUUAACGUAAUGACUGCCUGGUCAAUGUUUGAGAAGCUGAGUAUGGAGAACAGCUCCUCCAAAGAAGACAGGAAGCUUCAUCUUGACGUUGGUGACUGCAGGUCCGAUUCUGAGGACUGGACAAGCUCUGAAAGUGAUACAGAACAACUCCCUAAUAAGAAAAAAGGGAAUGAGAUUGUGAGCAAACCACAUAGACAACUCUGCCGCUCUCCUUGUCUUGAACGACCUGUUCUUUCGAAAUGCAGUGUCCUGCAGGAUUUUCAGAGUGAGGAUAAUAAAUCCAAAUUUGAUGAAGGCUGCAAGUCUACAAGUUUAGAUAAAGAAUACCAGGCCAAGAUGGAGUUUGCCUUAAAGCUAGGAUAUUCAGGAGAACAGAUACAAACUGUGCUCAAUAAACUGGGGUCAGAUGCUCUUAUUAAUGACAUUUUAGCUGAACUGGUCAGACUUGGUAACAAAAGUGAAUCUGAGCCACAGCCGAAUAGCAUGGGUAAUUCAGGUACUCUGGUGCCAAGGGGCCAGUGUGUGAAGGAGAUCACUAGCCCAGAACUGUCUUUGGAGGAUGAAGUGGUGGAUGAUUCUGACAACUUGAGACCUAUAGUCAUCGAUGGAAGUAAUGUGGCAAUGAGUCAUGGAAACAAGGAAGUGUUCUCUUGCCUGGGAAUUCAGCUAGCUGCAGAAUAUUUCCUGGAAAAAGGACACAAGGACAUCACAGUGUUUGUUCCUGCUUGGAGAAAAGAACAGUCCAGACCAGAUGCACCAAUCAAAGAUCAAGAAAUAUUACGGAAACUUGAGAAAGAGAAAAUCCUGGUCUUUACACCAUCCCGAAGGGUGCAAGGGAGGAGAGUAGUCUGCUAUGACGAUCGAUUCAUAGUAAAGCUGGCCUUUGAAUCAGAUGGCAUUAUUGUGUCAAAUGAUAACUACAGGGAUCUUCAGAAUGAGAAACCUGAGUGGAAGAAAUUUAUAGAGGAACGUCUUCUAAUGUAUUCAUUUGUGAAUGAUAAGUUCAUGCCACCUGAUGAUCCUUUAGGACGUCAUGGUCCCAGCUUGGAUAACUUCCUGCGAAAGCGUCCCGUUAUUCCUGAACAUAAGAAACAGCCUUGCCCUUAUGGGAAGAAGUGCACUUAUGGACACAAGUGUAAAUACUACCACCCUGAACGUGUUAACCAGCUACAGCGCUCAGUUGCCGAUGAGCUUCGUGCAAGUGCUAAGUUAUCUGCUGUGAAAACUAUGAGUGAAGGAGCCCUGGCAAAAUGUGGCAUCGCUAUAUCUGGUGUGAAAGGCGAAGCGGUCUCUGAGAUCAAGCGCGUCGCACCAAAGCGCCAGUCUGACCCCAGCAUACGAUCUGUUGUUUGCGAGCCAGAGGAGCGACUGACACCCGCUCACAGACUCGAGACUAACUCUGUGCCUUCUUUGGUCACUGCAUCAAGUGUACCUGCAUUUCAACCUAAUAAAAACCAUGCAGCCAGUGCCAUGAGUACAAGAUCUGCAAGCAGCCCUGUGCCAUGUUCCAAACAAUUCACUCACCAGAAAUCUUCACAAGAGCACAUAUCCACCUUACAUUAUCCUCCCAUCCUUGUAACCAACAGCCAUGGGAACUCUGUGAGUUACACAGAGCAGUAUCCAAAAUAUGACUCAACCCUGGACACCGGCUAUUAUUCCAUGAUAAAUGACUUUUCAAAUUUAAGUAUGAAUAGUUUGCGUAACCACGACAGUUAUUAUGGGUUAGAUUCGGAUCACGGUUUGUAUUCCAGAAACGCCAGUCCUCAUUCAGAAACCUGCAUUGCAGGAAAUGACUCCUAUUCUUCAUACAAUGACUUGGCAUACCUAGGCACUGUGGAUACAGGCCCAGAAGAGAAUGUGAAAGCUCAUCAACCACAGACACAGAAUAGGCUCCAACCUUUUGUUCAUGGUUACCAUGAGCCGAUAACAAGAGUACAGAGCUAUGGGCCCGAGGAGCCAAAGCAGCCCCAGCGUAAGCAGUCUGUCUCCCACUUGGUUCCUCAUAUCCAACAUUCUGCAGUUGGAGCUCGUUCCAGUUGUCCUGGAGAUUAUCCGUUUCCUCAGAACAUUCAUCCAUCUACUAAUAAUCAAACAGGACGGGCUCUUGUAAUGACCAGGCUAGACAGUAUUUCUGAUUCAAGACUGUAUGAGAGUAAUCCAAUGAGACAGCGAAGACCGCCACUCUGCAGAGAGCAGCAUACUAGCUGGGACCACUUGCCAUGUGUUACAGACUCUUAUAGGUACCCUUCAUAUCCUUUGACUAAUAAUCUGAUGCAACCCAAUUAUGAUCCUGGCAUGUUCAGAAGUAUGCCAGAAAAGAUCGAGCAGAUCUGGAGGUCACCAUGGCAAGGAAUGCCUGCUGAGCAACAGGACCAUCUGACAAUCCGAGAACAUCAGUACCAAACCUAUCGAAACCUCUGUAACAUCUUUCCAGCAGACAUAGUGCAUGCAGUAAUGGAAAAGAACCCCCAUGUGACUGACCCGCAGCAUCUUGCUGCGGAGAUUGUUGCCAAGCAACUACGAUCCGGGAGGUAAAACACAAACUAUUUGAAGGCUGAGGACCAAAUGCAGGACAGACAAAAAGAAGUCCGUUUAAUGCACAACAUUUGUGAAAUAUGAGUUGCCUAACACAGUGGGUUUGAAAUGUUAUAAAUAUCUUAAUGGUGUUCAAUUAUCUGUGGGAGUUAAGGCAGCUUUGAAGAGGAAAUGAAUACCUUACACUCUUUUUGAGCUAUGUCUCAUCAAUUUUUUACUAAUAAUUUUUAAAUUUGCACUCCAUUUGAUUUUUUUUCUUGAAUUUCCCAUUCAGUCUGAUUUUCAAAAUGUGUUCAGUAUUUAUGAAUAACAAAAGUCUAUAUAAUUAUAAAACAAUUCAAAUUCUAAAUAAAAUGAAAUCUUUAGUAGUACAAUGUUUGGAACUAAUGCAGAAAAGAAAGCACUAAAAAGCUAAAGAUGACAGUGUAAAACCUAACCCAAAAAUAUUUAAAUAUCCACCCGGAUUUUCAUGAUUACAUGUUCAGUAAGGUAUCCAUUUUCUGUUUAGGGUUUCCAACAAAAAGAGCUUUCUUGGUGUAUGGCAUGUCACACCAUUUCCUUUAAACCAUAAUCUCCUUAUACGGUUAGAAAAUUUGCAGCCAAAACACCUUUUUAAAAGCAUUAUAUUUUUUGUCUUCAGGCUGCACUGAUGUGCCACUAUCUUUAAAAAGCAAUGUAUAUUGCUGAAAUCUGACGAGCUUGAUAUGUUUCAAGCUAGGUCUGUGAAAAAAGUUUUUCAUGAAAGUUGAGGUCUUUAGGGGCCUUUGUUUCUUCAUGAGAAGGUCUGACACUGCCUAAAUGUUUCUUACUGUGAAACACAUGGAAUGUGAGGCUGCAGUCAGGGUUGUUUCUGACAUUUUGCCAAUGGCUUGCAAAUGCUGUGUAGUAUUUCUUACAAUAAUAUUGUAAUCAUUUAAACUUAGAACUACCAAUUUGUCAUAUAAUUUUACUUAAAAAUUACACUGACAGAAAUGAUAACAUUUAUAAAAUAUAAACAUCUUAAAUUAGUAUCUAUCCAGAAAUAGAAGGAAUAGAUUAAAAUUCCAAUAUUAUCUGGGCCUUUCUGUACCUAAUUAGCAGAUGGUUCUAAUUGCUUUGCUCUUUUAAUGACUAGUAAUUGAAUAAAGACCAUGAGAGUCCAAGGUUAAGAUCUUGGUCUGCUGAUUUGGCUGAUUCCAGCCUGACAGGUAGAA